CUUACUUUCUAUUUGAAGUUGGAACAUUUUUAGGGGACAGAUUGUUUAAUGUGGUAAUGGCUUCAGGGGCAAAGAGAUUGAUUGUGUUUGGCGGAGGUAUAGCCUCUUCGUUGCUUGUUUUCAAUGCAGUAGACAGAACCUUUUACAAAAAGCGGCAAAUUCAAAACUCUUUGCUGGCCGAUGCUUCGUUGGCGGGAAAGCCUGAAGAUCUACAUCUCAAACAGGUGAUAAUUCUUACAAGACAUGGAGCAAGGACACCAUUUAAAUUUAUUCCAAAUUAUGAACCUGCCACAUGGCCUGUUGAGGAUAAUGAGGAUUUGGAACACACGUUGAUCAAUCAUACAGUUAGAAGCUUAGAUUUCGGAAGCAAGCCAGAAUCAGCGAUUGAUAAUGCGUACCGUGAUAAAGAACGACUCAAGGGUGGUUCAUUAGUUGGUCAAUUAACUAAAAUUGGUCAAGAACAAAUGUAUCAACUUGGUAAGGCCUACAGAAAGAGAUACGUCGAGGAGCUUGGACUUUUGUCACCAGACUACAACCAUGAACAAGUAUACGUGAGAUCAACCAACAUCAAACGAACCAUCAUGUCAGCUCGAUGCGUUUUAGCAGGACUUUAUGGCGAUACACAUCUUAAAGGCCCAAUCCCAAUAUUUACGUCAGUGAACGAACACGAGGUUCUGUAUCCAAAUUACUAUUCCUGCAAGAACCUCAAGCACUGGGCAAAAAUUGCUUGGACAACCUGGGAAAACAUCCCCGGCCUAGUAGAAUUCCUCGAUGCAGUUGCCAAGGAACUAGGUUUCGAUAGAAAGAAAGAGGAGUUUGGUAUUAUAUCUCUCGAGGACAAUGUGUGUGCCAGAGCUGCAAAGAAUGAACCAAUUCCUGAAUUUUUAAUAAAUCGAAGAGAUGAGAUCGAGUCAUUUGCAGUAGCCUAUCAAAUGCGGCUUCUUAUUGGAACAGGCAAAAGUCACUCAAUCGCACGUAUGGCAAUUGGUGCUUUCAUAGAGGCAUUGUGCACACAUUUUGAAGACAAAGCUGAAAACCAAAGCGACCUGAGGUUUAUACUGUAUUCUGCUCAUGAAACAACACUGAUGGCUGUUCUGCACGUCCUUGGUGUGUAUGACUUCAAAUGGCCUAAAUACGCUGCCGACGUCAAACUCGAACUCUACCAGGACGAGAAUCAAGGCUGGUUUGUGAAGCUUCUUUACAACGACAAGGAUUUGACACUGCCAGGGUGUGGAACGCCUGUUUGUCCUCUUUCAAGGUUUUUGGAACUUUGUGAGCCAUAUCGUGUGAAAGACUGGUAUGCAGAAUGCGGCAUCAAAGGAGAAGGGGUAAAAGAGAAUGUCCCUACUGGUAUUAUGUAGACAAAAACUGCCAUGAUGGGCCACAAUGGUAUCAAUAUUAAAUCUGGCGUGCAUACUGCAAAGUACUUUGAACGGCAAUACCAUCACGUACAUUACAUCUUAUGAAUAAAGGACAAUACUUUUUGGAGACUCUUCUCAAGCUUUCUUUGAAAACACAUCUUUUUAGAUAUCCUUAGAAGCACAUCUGUUUUGUAGAUCGAUUAUAAAAGAAUGAUUUAUUGAUUAAAGUCAGUCUGUCCCCUUCGUGAUGUUCAGGGAAAUUACGCUUUUGUGGUUCCUCAUUCUGAUUGUUUAUUUGUGCAUUGAAUUAACGAUGCAUGAAUAUCGUGGCCAUGAAAAAAGAUUCUUAGAACAACGAGGGACAUACUGCCUUUUAGUGACUGUGAAAGUUUCUGAGAAAAUUUUAAAAUCUUGUUUUCAAAAUGUACAAGAAGAUGCCUUUCCCAAAAAAUUCCCAAAAAAUUCGCAGGCCCAUAAAUACAUAGCAGAUGGAUCACACCCAUGACGUUAAAGACAGAACAACAAAGGCUUACUGGAGCCCUCCUCCUCACAGAUUUGUUUAUAUGGGUUCCUUUACUCACAACGUGCUGAAAUAUAUAGCGUAAAGCUAGGUACAUUAUAAAUUACGUGAUUAAGAGGCUGUUUGGUGUAUAGAACAGGACAGCUCUAAGUUCUGAGUUUCACGCUUGAAGCCUGAUUAGCACUAGGCGAAUUCUUUCACAUGAAUCGAAUAAAGAUUCAUGGCGAUAAAGUAAGAGCGUGAUCUACUUUCUGCAAAUCGAAUUUUUUCGCUGCGAAAUUUGAGAACAUGACACCACGCAUGCUCAUAUUGGAAAAAAUUCGAUUCGCGCGAAAGAAUUCACCUCGUGGAAAUCAGCCUCAAUUGAUUAGGAUUGUUGAUUAAGAGGCUAGUUAUAAAAAGGAAGAUACUCCAAUUACACUGAUCAAAAGGCUGUUUGGUGUAUGGGACAGGGGACAGGGGACAGGGGACAGGGGACAGGGGACAGGGGACAGGGGACAGGGGUUUUGUUUAUUAGUGUAAACAUGGUUAAUGUAUUCCCCAGUAGGUAUGUACGAUAUUUAUUAAUUGUUGAGAGUGCAGAAAUUAGAUGUUUAUAAAUUAUCACUUUAUUCUGCAUUUUCCAAUAUAGUUUCUUAUUUACUUAUUUAUUUAUAUAUUUAAGUGCAUAUUUUCAUUCAAAUGCUAUUUUGUUUUGACGAUGUUAACUUGCCUUCAAUCUAUCUUGCCUUCUCUAGCUUUCUAACUUGUUUUGUUUUUCAAUUGAGCUGUUUUACAUUGCGACGUCGCGAUCAGGAUGACGUCAUUUGUUGGAAACUGGUUACUACUACUACAGUCUUCAGAAAUAUUACGUCACAAAAGAUGUUUUUUCGAAUUUUGGUUUGGUGGUUAGGAUUACGAGCAACAGAUCCAAGAGCUCGUGGUUUGAGUCCCUGGCAUGACCCAACUCUGACCCGGAGUAAGAGAGGUCGCCAGCUCUCUGCGGUACCAGUUACACUAUACCGGAUUGCUAUCAGAGCGGAGUAACUUUCGUAUCGGACAGGGAUUUGAGUUGCACUACGCUACACUUAUCAGAAAAAUCACUCCGCUCUGGAGGUGAUACGAAAAUCACUCCGGAGUCACUCCGUAGCGGAGCGCUGUAGUGUAUUCGCACGAAUCCGAUAUGCUCCGCUCGGAAACAAAGGAUUUUCUCAUUGUUUUUUGCUUGAAGCAAUUCGAUCGUUGGUGAACAAUGGCGAUUUCUGAGAUUUUGUUGCUGUUGGAUAAUGCCAGACUGAAAUCGUCCCAACAUUUUCGUAUUUGGAUUUCAUCUCUUCCAAAAUUUUAUUGAAGUGGCCCUUGGACGAAAAACA